AUGAAUCCAAUUAGGCCAAUCAGGCCCGCACCACCAGCACCACAAUUCAAGUGCCAAACAUGCUAUGUCUCGUUUCCCACGCUAUUCCAGCUCGAGAUCCAUAUCGACGCCUACGAGGUUCGUGCUCUGAAACAGGAUCAAACCCGUUCUCGUCGGCCGUGGCUGACUCCCUCUCUCUGUCCGUCUGUUUGUCCCGUCCAGCGACUCAUCACCGUUUUGAUGGAGAGAGUUGCCAAAGCAGCGGCGCAUCUCAUACCCAUCCAGCUAGACCCGUCCGAUGCCGACAGGUUCUCCGAGUCAGUCGUCACCAGCAAAUGCCCACUGCCGAGUUGCAAUUCGGUGAAGCCGCUCAAGGACAUGAAAUUCCAUUUUAUACAGCAUGUCGAUUGCUUCGAGGUUUGCCCCAGCUGUGGCUAUACCUUUGUCAACGUCCACGCCUUUUUUGUUCACCUCAGUGAAUGCAUCAAAAACGCCGAUGAAGCAAAGAAAACGCACAUGAACAGAAGGCGGCGUGCACUGGUCCAUCGCACAGUGAUGCGACUCCAAGAAGCCAUGGACGAAUUCACGACCGGGCCUGUCGAGACAAGACAAGACGUGAAUGCAGGACAUCUGCGACAGCAUCAGCCACCGCGGCCGCCGUUCUCCGGUGACCCGUCGUUGCAUCCUCGCCUGUCGCGCGAUUCGUCGGUGCAGAGACACGAGAGAGGGACAGGACCGGUGUACGCUGCGAACCGCAACACAAGAACUCUAGACCAAAUCCUGGGUCUGAUCGGUCCUGCGACUGAUACGCCGCAGCAACAGCCCUGGCGGCCUCCUGGCCUGCCGACUCACGCCUUUAGCCUUGCGCCAAGCUCUAUGCGGGAUCUUAUACCGGUAAAGCCCGUGGUACCGCCUCUGUCUCGUCCAGUCGAGACUGCGUCUACCGUUCAGGCUCCGUGUCCAGUCGAGGAGGUGCCGUGUCCAGUCGAGACUCCACGUCUGGCCGAGGCUUCUCCUCAAGCUCCGUCCAACAUGAUGCUACCUCUGGACUUGGAGAUGGACAAUGUGAUGCUGCCUGUGGACUGGGAGAUGGAUGAAUUUAUGGGGUCAUGGCCUCCCGAGCCUUCUUUUGAGCUUAAUCCAAACUAA